AAGAAUUGAAAAAAAUUUGAUUGAAUUUUAUAAUAUAUUAAGUGAUUUCUUACUAAGUUUUUUACCUCCAAUUGAAAUUUCGUUUAAAAAUUCAAUUUUCUUUAUUAAUGGAGUCACAAAUAUUAUUCAUAAUUUGCCAAAUUUUAAAAUUAGUCAAUACAAUUUAUAUCAUAAAUCUAAUAUUUACAAUCAACUAUCUGAUGCUUGGUUAUCUAUAUUAAAAACAUAUCUUUCUAAUGAGAGAAAUGAAGGUGAUAGUAAUAAUAAUAAUAAUAAUAAUAAUAAUUUUAAUAAUCUUAAUAAUCUUAAUAGUCUCGAUAUGAGCUCUUCAAUUCAAAUUCAAAAUCCAAAUCAUAAUAUUAAUUAUUCAAAUCAAGUUGAAUUUGGGAAUUUUGAUGGAUCGAGCAAUCAUUACAAUGAUAGUAGCUAUAUUAAUAAUAGUAAUGACCAACUUUUGACAUUUGAAGAUGAAUUAAAUAAAUUAAAUAAUAGCAACAAAAAUAAUAAUUGCAAUAUUAAUUUGCUCUAUCUUCUUGAAAACAACUGGGACAAGCUAUUAAAUGAACACAAGAGCAAAUUAAAUCAAAAUAAUUUCAAUUCAUUUGAUAAGGUUUUGGAAUACUUAAAUAAAAAAAUCAAUGACUAUAAUAACUCCCUAAAGCCUUUUAAUUCGAUUAUCAUGGAGACUCCCUUAAAUUUAAAUUCAACACCAAGUCCAAAGAGAUUUUUAUCCAACAAUAAUUUCUCGCUGAACAACAGUCCAUUCACCAGAUUGCAAGUCAAUUCGCCAAUAAUCCAAGAUUCGUUCAGAUGAAAUCAAUAUUAUAGAAACCCAAUUUCUUUUUCUCUUCUUUUUCUUUCUUUUUUUCCUUUUUCUUUUCCUUUUUUUUCUUUUACAGUCAUUUUUAAACCCACAUAUCUAUCCCGUUGACUGACUAUAGCUAAUAUAUUUGUUGCCUUAUAUCUCUGUCUGCCUCUCUAUAUAUUUGGCCUAUACAAUACACACCAAAUUGCUCCUUGUCCAAAUCUCGCCAGCUCUCGAGUGCUGUUUCCCUCUUCAGCCGUGGUUAAAUGCCGAAACACAGCUUUAGUGGAACGCAAAAAGCAAUU